AACACCACCAGCCAUCAUCAUUAUAUACAUACACAAAAUUUUGUUUUCUAACUUGAAGAUCAGAGAGAUGGAAAAAGUGGUCUCUGAUCUUAUUUCUCCAACAUGGUAUGGAGAUAAUGAAAUUUCAGCUAAAUCUAGUGUUGAGAAGAAGCUUAAACUGUUUGGGUUUGAGCUUGACCCUUGUAGGAAUGGUGAGACCUGCCUGAAAGUUUCUGUGGAAGGUGACCAUGAAAGUGUAAAUUCAUCAUCAGCCACAAUUUCAUCAGGGAGAGAUCAGAAACAACAACCUAAGGGAGGAAAAGGGUCACCGGGCGAGCCGGAGGAUAAGAAAUUCGAGUGCCAAUAUUGUUACAAAGAAUUCGCAAACUCUCAGGCCUUGGGGGGUCAUCAAAAUGCUCAUAAGAAGGAAAGGAUGAAGAAGAAAAAGUUGCAGCUUCAAGCAAGGAAGGCUAGUCUCAACUAUUACCUUCAACCUUUAAAAAAUAACCAUUUUUUCAAUUGCCACGGCUCUACACCUGCAUGGUUCUAUGAUCCCUCCUGCUAUGCUCCUGAUCCUGAUGUCAAAAUCCAUCAAGAAUCCCAGAUUUGUUUUGGUCCGUUUGAUCAAGAUGUUCAUGUCAAUGGGUCCAAAAUGUCACAGUGGCAUGCCUUACCUGCUCAUACACCAUUUCAACAAGAUGCACAUAUGUUCACCCUUACUCAUGCAGACAGGUCCAGAGAGAAUAGGUCUGCCAUUACCAAGCCCUCCCCGACCCGCUCGCCCGGUUCAAAGCAAAGCUGUAAAUCUUUGGAUCUCCAGUUGGGGUUGAGCUUGCAAUCCACCAUCAGAAGCUCAUCUAGAAGUGCAAUAUGAUCAUUUGUGUUCUGGUCUUGGCACGUAUUGGUCGGGAUCUUAUUGAUGGACCUUUUUGUUUUCCUGGCCUUUAGUGGUUGGCUGGUCUUUUUUAAAGGUAGCUGUCAAUCACACAAAUCAAAGGUUAUUCCACGGCAGCCGGCACUGGCUGUCGCUAAAACUAUGCGCUUUGUGUCAUUUUGGUAUUGUUGAUAUUACAAUACAAACAUAGGUUGUGUUGACUUCAUUCAACAGUAGUGAAGAAUGAUCUACCUGACUGUAUACUUAGUUCUGGCUGGAGAAAAAGGGUCAAGGCUUCAAGCAGAAGAAACAAAGCUUUUUUUUUUUUUUU